AAUAAUUAAGUAAGAUGUCUGAUAGUAAAUCAAAAAAGAUAAAAAAAACUAAGUCUAAUCAAAUAGAAAACCAAAUUUCAAAUACAAACAGGGGAAAACCAAGUGAUAUUUAGAGAACCAUUCUAGCAGUUCCUAAUAUUUGGACUAAUGAUUAGGUUUGUUUGAGACUGAUUAAAUAUUUAUAAGAAAGUGGAAGACAUAUUUGUUUGCAUCAAGCAGGAAAAUAAACAGAAAAAAAUAAUUAUUAAUCAAAACAAAAUGAGAUUGAAAAAACAAGAGCAUUUUAUGAAAAAUCAGAAAAAAUUGCUGAAGACCUUUUUGGACAUAAAUGUGAAACUAAAAGGUGUUUAGUUUUCUUUUUUAGGACUAAUCAAGAGGAGAAAAUAAGUAAUUAUAAUUGGAUUGAAUCUUAAUUUCCUCCUAAUUAUUAGGAUUGUGUAUUAGUUUUAAAUAAGGUAUAGGCUUUAUUUAACUAAAAAUUCUUGAGUAAUUUAAUCUAAAUUUUGACUUGGAAUAAAUACUUAGAGAUAUUAAUUGAUUCAUUUUUAGAAAAUGCAAAAACACCUUAACAAUUCUCUCAAAUAAUCCAAAACAUUUAUAUCAAAUACAUAUUGGAUUAAAUGAAGUAGAAAAAUAGCUAUGAGAGUUAUAAUUUUAAAAAUAGAGAAGAGGCAGAAAAGAAUUUUUACUCUUUUCUUGAAUCAGAUUUAGUUAAAAGUGAGUUAGAAAAAUUCAUUAAAGAAAUAAAAUAGAUUUUUAAUAAAGAAAAUGAUUAGUAUGAUGCAAAUAUCAUAUAAUUAGAAGAUUAAAAUUAAGUAUAAGUUAUAGACAAUUCUUUCGAUUCCCAAUCAUUCAAUUUUUAAGAAGAAUAAUAAUAUUCUUAUGAUGAAUCCAUCUAUGUAAAAAAUAAAGAUACUUGA